CUGGAUUUGUGUUUGUGGUGAGAGGAUUGUGGAGCGGCAAUUGCUCCAUCGUGGCUGUUCUGUCGCCCUCAAAUUUCCCUUCUCUCCCCUCGCCCUCUUCACUACCUGUUUGGUCUUUUCUGCCUCUACAAGACCCUUUCUCCCCAAAUCCGGUUUCCUCAGUCAUCCCGGACUUUCCUGGAUUCAGUGUUCGGUACAGCCCCACAUUCUCAAGGUUACUCCUCGUUUCUUCUUCUUCUUGAGGAGUGCGAGGUGAAGAGUAAGACAGAGAGAUGGCGGCGUCAGUGGCGCAGGCCAGUCACUUGGGUGCCUCGGCUCUGGCUCAGUCCUGCUCCUGCCGCGAUGUUGAGGGCACCGCGAAGAGGGCCACAGGCAGCGUGUCAUCGUUUACCGGGCUGAAGAAAAAUGCCAGGGGUAUGCCUCUGUGUGCGUCGUCGAGUGACUGUGCGUUCCAGAGGGAUGCUCUCCGCCGCUCCGCGUUCGGAAGUUCCUCUGUCGCUGGUGGUGGUCGCAAGGCGGUCGUUUGCAUGGCUGCUGAAGAGAAAAGGGAAUUUCCUCUAUCCGACUACCGUAACAUCGGCAUCAUGGCUCACAUCGAUGCUGGAAAGACCACAACAACUGAGCGUAUCCUGUUCUACACGGGGAAAAAUUACAAGAUUGGUGAAGUUCACGAAGGGACAGCCACCAUGGACUGGAUGGAACAGGAGCAAGAAAGAGGUAUCACAAUCACCUCGGCUGCCACUACUGCGAAGUGGAAGGAUCACCGAAUCAACAUCAUCGACACUCCUGGACACGUAGACUUCACCUUGGAGGUGGAGCGUGCGCUGCGAGUUCUGGAUGGAGCAAUUUGCCUAUUCGACAGUGUGGCCGGAGUGGAGCCGCAAUCGGAAACCGUCUGGCGUCAGGCCGAUAAGUAUGGUGUUCCGCGUAUCUGCUUCGUGAACAAGAUGGAUCGGCUGGGUGCCAAUUUCUUCCGAACCAGGGACAUGAUUGUGAGCAACUUGGGUGCCAAACCCCUAGUCCUUCAGAUUCCUAUUGGAGCCGAGGACCAGUUUUUAGGGAUCGUGGAUCUUGUCAGGAUGAAGGCCGUGGUUUGGAACGGAGAGCAGCUUGGGGCAGCCUUCGAGGACAGAGAGAUCCCUGAGGAUUUACUCGAACUGGCGGAAGAGUACAGGGCGUUGAUGAUUGAGACCAUCGUGGAUCAAGAUGACGCCGCCAUGGAAGCAUACCUGGAAGGCAUUGAACCUGACGAAGAGACAAUCAAAAUGAUGAUCAGGAAGGGGACAAUUUCUUUGUCGUUUGUCCCUGUUCUCUGUGGGUCCGCCUUCAAGAACAAGGGUGUUCAGCCCUUGCUAGACGCAGUGGUUGCGUACCUUCCUUCACCCUUGGACUUGCCUCCGAUGAAGGGAUGUGACGUGGAUAAUCCCGACAUUCCAGUGGACAGGAAGCCCAGCGACGAUGAGCCUUUCUCUGGGCUAGCUUUCAAGAUCAUGAACGAUUCCUUUGUCGGUUCUUUGACCUUUGUACGUAUUUACUCCGGAACGCUUGCGGCGGGCACGUAUGUGCUGAACUCAAACAAGGGUAAGAAGGAGCGUAUCGGUCGGCUUCUGGAGAUGCAUGCCAACAGUAGGGAGGAUUUGAAGGUUGCUCGCGCAGGAGAUAUUAUUGCCCUCGCAGGUCUGAAGGAUACCGUGACCGGGGAGACUCUGUGCGACUCCGACAAACCUGUGGUGUUGGAGCGUAUGGAUUUCCCUGACCCUGUGAUCAAGGUGGCCAUCGAGCCGAAGACCAAGGCAGAUGUGGACAGAAUGUCUGUUGGACUGAUCAAGCUCGCCCAGGAGGAUCCAUCUUUCCAUUUCUCUAGAGAUGAGGAGACGAACCAGACGGUGAUUGAGGGGAUGGGAGAGCUGCAUCUGGAGAUCAUUGUAGAUCGGCUGAAGCGUGAGUUCAAGGUGGAAGCAAAUGUGGGCGCACCCCAGGUGAACUACAGGGAGAGUAUUUCAAAGCCUGCGACUGUUAAGUACACUCACAAGAAGCAGUCCGGAGGCCAAGGGCAAUUCGCUGAGAUCGAAGUCCGUUUUGAGCCAUUGGAAGCUGGAAGUGGAUACGAGUUCAAGAGCGAGAUCAAGGGUGGAUCCGUGCCCCGUGAGUACGUGCCUGGUGUGGUGAAGGGCCUGGAGGACAUGAUGAACAACGGUGUGCUGGCCGGUUACCCAGUGGUGGAUGUUCGCGCUGUGUUGUUGGAUGGUUCAUACCACGAAGUGGAUUCCAGUGUUCUAGCCUUCCAGCUGGCUGCCCGAGGUGCAUUCAAGGAGGGUAUCUCUAAGGCCGGCCCCAAGCUGCUGGAGCCCAUCAUGAAGGUGGAGGUGGUGACUCCGGAGGAACACAUGGGUGAUGUUAUUGGUAACCUAAACUCCCGACGUGGACAAAUUGAGACGCUUGGUGACAAGCCCGGCGGCAUGAAGCUGAUUACUGCUUCUGUACCGCUGUCGGAGAUGUUCAACUACGUGAGUACCUUGCGGGGCAUGACGAAGGGCAGAGCUCAGUACACGAUGCAACUGUCCAAGUUUGAUGUUGUACCCACAAACAUCCAGAUGGAAAUCACAUCGAAGAAGAUGGAGACUACAGCUUAGAGUAACUUACGCUAUAAAUCUAGAUACUAUCACUUAGAGUAAGAUGAUUGUCAUGUGGAGCCUUUCAUGAAUGAUAUAUCUCGAAGGCUAAAGGUGUGGUGUAGAAGACAGUUUGUAGAAUGAAUCCUGUAGGUUAUUUUUGUUCCUGCCAAUGAGCUCUGUACAGCUCCUCAUGGAACGGUUUUGUAUUUGAUCAUCCAUAUUGCGGGCCUUCUCUGGCUGGCUGUUAAGCAAACAAGUCAAAGAUGAUUGCGGAAACGACUUGUUUUGUUCAGUGUUUGAUUGCUGAAAACUCACAACGUUCUAUGAUUCUCAUCAUCCGACGUCUCUAAUGUAAAACACGUUCUUAAAAUUCA